AUGGGUUCAGCAUUAUCGAAAACCUCUGAGGAGAAGAAAAAUGUCCAAACAUUCACAAAUUCAAAUAUUCAAUUGAAUUUAUCGGAUACUAUUUUGAAUGAAUUACAAAUGAGUAAGAAUAAUGAUUUAAUUAGGAAACAUAAUGCUGAGAAAUUCGUUGAAGAAAAAGUUAAUGAUAGACUUAACGAGUUGGAAAAUGAUACUUUGAAGAAAUUUGAAAAUGAAUUGAAUUUAUCUCUGUUACCUGAUGAUGAUCACGAUAAUAAUAAUAACAAUGAGAAUGCUAUUGCAUCGAAGGAUGCGGAAGGAAAGGAGAUUAAAAGCUCCAAGAAUUUAGAUGAUAAAAUAAAUAAAUUGAAUGAAAGGAUAAAUCAAUUUGAAAUGAUGAAAAUUAAUAAAUUGGAAAAUAACUCUGAAUUGUCUGAAAUUAGGGAAUCUUUGAAAAAUUGUCUUUUACAAAAUGAGGGGAAACCAUUAAAUUGUUACCAAGAAAUGGAACAAUUUAAAAAGUUGGUUGUCUCUACAUAA